AGGCGCAGCCAGGCCUCAGGGUGCCUCAUGGGCGGGGCGCUCACAGCCAGUGGCUCUCCGUCCCUGCUGCUCCUGGCGGAGGCGCGGCCAGGCAGCUCUGCAAGCAGGCAUGUGCCACACUACCUCUGUCUGCAGGCGGCGCCCCCUGCAGCUCCCAUUGGUCGCAGUUCCUGGUCAAUGGACUGGAAGCCACGGAGUCAGCACUCGGGGAUGGAGGACAGAGGCAGUGUGCCUGCAGAGCCGUCUGGCCGCGCCUCCGCUAGCAACAGCUGGGGUGGGUAGCUGCUUGCGGGGAGCCGCCGGAGGUGAGUGCCCCCCAUCCGGCACCCUGUGCCCCAACUCCCUGCCCCAAACUCCCUUCCAGAGUGUGCCCCACAGUCCCUCCCACGCCCCAGCCCCCUGCCGGCCCCACACCAACCGCACUAUAAAUUGGACUUUCAGUGCAGAUCAGAAAUGCCAGUUUAUAGAGCUUGCCGGCUGGUGAAGUGCUGGAUAAAAGAGCUUUUACUGUAUUGAUUUUGGCAGUGCAGUGGGCGGAGAUGGGGGGACAUUUGGAUUUUUUGGCAUCUGUGAAGAUGUAGGAAUUGGUUUAAUUGUGAGUAACUGGAUGUUUCUGUUUAAGUGAUAACCUCUUAAAAGCCUCUUCAUUGUUCUUGGGCUUUUGUCUUGCUACAUAACGUUCCUUAUUCAUCUUCCAUAUCUGCACUAAUUCUGGUUAAGUAAAUUAAGAAAAUAACCUUCCAGAAGUGGCUGCUAUAUGUUCUUUUUACCCAGAAGGCCUUUUUCUGUAGAUUGAGGGCAUAUACUAACUCUACACUUAGUCUCCGUUUUUCUACACUGAGGCUGGGUGAACAGUACAAGUGCUACAGCACUGUAGUGUAGACACUCACUACAGUAUCGGAAAGGGACUUUUCUCGUCGUCAUAAAUCCACCUCUCUGAGAGGCCACCGCUAGGUCGACCAACGUUUUAGCGUAAUGUCAGGCCAGACCUCCACUCCACAGGACUCAGAAGUAGUGGCCUCUACACAAACAUUUGCUAUUUAAAUAAUGUCUGUGUGUGCCCUGCAGUGAAUUGAGCAUUGUAUAGCUUUGAAUGUCAUUUUUUAUUAAUCUGAAUUGGGACAAUUGUAAAUUGACUUUUUCAUCCAGUGCUUUUUCCAAAGAAAGUCACAAUGCACUUAGUUUAAGAUGCAGUGUCACUUUGUCACCAUAUAAUUAUUAAUUGCAUAAAUCUCUCUUCGUAAUUCUCUUAUAUAAUAAAAAACUGAACUUUACUUGUACAAAAUUUUGUAUAGAGAAAUUGAUUGCAGCACUGUUUUUCUAGGUCCAUAUGCUCAACUUCUUCUUGAUGCUAUGAAGCAGUCUGGCUGCACUGUUUAUAACGAUCGGCACUUUGCCUGUGAAGACUGUGAUGGGUGUGUCAGUGGAGGUUUUGAUUCUGCAACAUCACAGAUAGUUCUAUGCCAGAACAAUAUUCAUCAACAAUCCCAUAUGAACCGAGUAGUUACACAUGAACUGAUUCAUGCUUUUGAUCACUGUCGUGCACAUGUUGACUGGUUCAGCAAUGUCAAACAUUUAGCCUGUUCAGAGAUUCGAGCUGCCAAUCUCAGUGGAGACUGCUCACUCAUAAAUGAAAUGACCAGAUUUAAAUUUGGAUUAAAACAACACCAUCAGACCUGUGUACGAGACAGAGCCAUUCGCUCCAUUUUGGCUGUUAGAAAAGUUAGCAAAGAAACAGCAGAAAAAGCUGUGGAUGGAGUUUUUGACUCCUGUUUCAAUGAUCAUGAACCAUUUGGAAGAGUCCCACACAGUAAAUCAGAUGCCAAGUAUGCUUACAGAAACUUUCAGAACCGGGAUCGAUAUUAUGCAAAUUUGUAAAGGUGACUGUUAACCAUUAGCAGUGCUGUCACACUGAAAACAUAGCAUAUAUACCUGUUGCUGGUGGAGAGAGGAAAUUCUGGCAAGUAAACUACAAUUUUGUAUGGAAAGCUUACACAAAAGCCAAGUUCCACUGAUGAGUUAGAAAUAAUCUGAGUAAAUGAACAAGAGCUGUAAACCAUGUAUUUCCUCGCCUGUUUUUCAGUGUUUCUUUUGACAUAUCAAAUUUUUAAUCCACACAUUUCAAUUCAUGUGUAAAUCUGCUCAGUCCAAUUAAGAAUGUUUCAAAAUGUCUUUUAUCUUUACUAAAUAAAGUGAUUUAAG